CAUAAUAAUGGCUAUCUUAACCAGCUUGUUUUUCAUCAUAAUCAUCCCUUAUACAGCUUCACUAACUUUCAAUUUCACAAAUAUUAAUCCAAAUUCCAAAAAUAUGUUCACUUUAGGUGGUGGAGCUCAUAUAUCAGAUGAUGGAAUCCAGGUGACUCCAGAAAAAAGUUCCAGCAUGUUUACGGGCCGAGCAACUUAUAUAAAACCGUUUCAUUUGUGGGACAACGUCUCUAAUGAGCUAGCUAGCUUUUCUACUAGUUUCUCAUUUAUGAUUGAAUCGGACCCAAAUGAUCGUUUCCAUCCAGCUGACGGCCUAACAUUCUUUCUUGCUCAGAAUAAUUCAGUUAUACCUCCCCGGGGAUUCAUGGGUCUUCCAUUUAAUACAAACAAUGUUAGUACAAUUCCGUUUGUAGCGGUGGAGUUUGAUACUUAUUGCAACCAUUGGGAAAAUACUACCGGGUGUGAUCAUGUCGGUAUUAACAUUAACUCUCUUGCUUCUGUUAGGCAUCAAAAAUGGUUAAACAAUAUAUCACAUGGAAGAGAGUGUCACGCUUGGAUUGAGUAUGAUUCAGCUUCCAAAAAUUUUAGUGCUUCCUUCACGGGUUAUCAAAACAAUAAAGUCGUACGUCAAGAUGGACUUGUUUACACAAUUGAUCUCAGGGAUGAGUUGCCUGAGUGGGUUCUUUUCGGGUUUUCUGCUUCAACUGGUGUGUUGUUUGAGAAAAAUAAUGUAAAAUCUUGGGUGUUUAAUAGCUCCGGUUUAAAAGUUGAUACAAAUAAUGCGUCACCACCAAACAAGACAGUACGUGUGGUGGGAUUAAUAGUUGGAAUAUCGGUUCUAGUUACCUUUUUUGUUACAGGUGCAUUUUUUUAUAUGAAGAAGAAGAGGAAAGACAAUGAAGUUGAACUGGAUCAGGACCAUGGAUUUUCCGAGGAGAUGAGCAAUGAAAUUGAAAUAGGUGCCACUGGCCCACGAAGGUUCUCUUACCUUGAAUUAGCCCGUUCAACUAAUGGCUUUGCAGAGAAUAAUAAACUUGGAGAGGGAGGUUUCGGAGGAGUCUACAAAGGUCUAUUGAAUGAUUUGAGCACAUAUGUUGCAGUGAAAAGGGUGUCAAAGACUUCAAUGCAAGGGAUCAAGCAGUAUGCAUCAGAAGUAAGGAUCAUUAGCCGAUUGAGGCAUCGCAAUCUGGUGCAACUCACUGGUUGGUGUCACGAGAAAGGAGAACUCCUAUUAGUUUAUGAGUUUAUGGAAAAUGGAAGCCUUGAUUUACAUCUUUUCAAACAAAAGAGCUUGUUGACAUGGGACACUAGGUACAAAAUAGCCCAUGGCCUUGCGUCUGCUUUGCUAUAUUUACAUGAAGAAGGAAAGCAAUGUGUUUUGCAUAGAGAUAUCAAAUCAAGUAAUGUGAUGCUGGAUUUGAAUUUCAACGCAAAACUUGGCGAUUUUGGGUUGGCUAAGUUAGUUGACCAUGAGAAUGGCUCUCAGACAACAAUGUUGGCUGGAACCUUUGGUUACAUGGCUCCUGAAUUUGCAAUGAUGGGCAAUUUUAGCAAAGAAUCAGAUGUGUAUAGCUUUGGAGUUGUUGCAUUAGAAAUAGCGUGUGGUAGAAAACCCAUUGACCAUGACGAGGCUCGAGAAAACAAAAUAUGGUUAUUGGAAUGGGUUUGGGAGCUUUAUGGGACCAAGUCCCUUUUAGAAGCAGUUGAUCCACGACUAGGCUCAGAUUUUGAGGAAGAAGAAAUUACACAGUUGAUGAUUGUUGGGUUGUGGUGCGUGCACCCUGACUCCAAAUUUCGCCCAUCGAUGAGACAAGUGAUUCAGGUAUUGAACUUUGAAGCUAACUUGCCUAGACUCCCCUUAAAGAUGCCAGAGGCAUCUUACUCAAUACCUCUCAAGCCAUCCGCAUUUGACCUCGCAUCCUUCUUCCAAAACCAACUAUUAACUACUGUCUCAAAUGUAGAUUUUUCAAAGCAAUCGAUAUCAUCAAUAGCUUCCUCUUAUUUUCAUGGUCGUUGAAUACCUUUUGGUGACUAUUAUUCAGAUCAUAAAUUGGGCUUCGAUUUCUAUGUUUAUAUAACAAAUAGAAUAGUCUCUUAUUGUAUUACUUCAUGAUAUUUCAUCUUUCUUAUCGAAAGAUAAAACCAUAUAUGGA